UCAGCGAUGCCUUGCGUGUGUGCACCGCUCUUCUUGACAUCUCUUAAAUGACGCUUUGCGGUGUCGGCAGCCGCUCUCUUCAUCUUAUGUAUGACUUUAGGCGGAGAAGAAGCAAACGCAACUUUUCCCUUGGAAAAAAAAAAAAAGAAGAAGAAGAAACAGCGUAGCAGAGGCGCGGAGUGGAGCGCUCUGACAGCAGAUGCGGGCUUUGUGCAUCAGGCUGAUGGAGGGACUGCGCGUCUCCACUCGUUCACUUGCUCGUUUGCUAAGGAUUUUCGGGCUUUUUAACUGACACGCUAUCUUUGUUUUACCGGACCGAAAAGAAAAGCGUUAAACUCCUUUCCAACGUUUGCAGGUGGCGAUGUGUCUCUGUUUUUAAGGAAGAUUCAGCUUUUCAAGAUUUUCAUUCAGAUUCUGAUUUUCAGGAUUUUCAUUUUUCACACGUGCAAAUUAUUUGAAAGAAGGGAACUGGAAGCAUAUACCACCAAGUGCAACAUAACUUGUUGGAUUAAAUCUGCUUUCAUUUUCAACAAAAUAAGAGGGUGUUGCAAGAGAUGGGGGACUCAAAUAUCAGCCACUUGAUAGCAGCUUCUGCGGAAAUGCAUGACGGUCACCUGGAUGGCCACUUGGAUCAGUACACAGACAGCUAUUACCUGGACUAUGGUGUCCCUCCUGAUGAGAUUCCCAACACAACCCAGGGUCAGGCCUUCUUUGUUGCCACCAUUGUCAUUGGGAUUGUCCUCGUGUGCAUCAUGCUUGUGUGUGGGCUCGGGAACUUUAUAUUCAUUGCAACCCUGAUGCGCUACAAAAAGCUGCGCAAUCUCACCAAUUUGCUCAUUGCUAAUCUGGCCAUCUCAGACUUUAUUGUGGCAGUGGUUUGCUGUCCCUUCCUGGUGGACUACUACGUGGUAAAACAACUUUCCUGGGAUCAUGGACUGGUUCUGUGCGCCUCUGUGAACUAUCUCCGUACUGUGUCACUUUAUGUGUCCACAAACGCGUUGCUGGCCAUUGCAGUCGACAGGUACAUGGCAAUAGUACAUCCUCUGAGACCUCGUAUGAAGUAUCAGACAGCCUACUGCCUAUUAACAGGAGUCUGGAUAGUUCCCAUUCUGAUAUCAAUUCCCUCCGCCUAUUUUGCUUCUGAAACCAAGUACCCUCAUGGUGGCACCUCCUCAACCACUCACAAAGUCUUUUGUGCCCAGAUAUGGCCAGUAGACCAGCAGGCCUACUAUCGAUCCUACUUCCUGUUUGUUUUUGCUGUGGAGUUUGUAAGCCCUGUCAUCGUCAUGUCAGUGUGUUAUGCCUGCAUUUCCCGUGAACUGUGGUUCAAAAAUGUCCCAGGCUUUCAGACCGAGCAGAUACGGAAGAGGUUGCGUUGCCGUCGCAAAACUGUGAUGGUCCUCAUUGGAAUUUUGACUGCGUACAUCUUGUGCUGGGCCCCAUACUAUGGCUACACCAUUCUACGAGACUUUCAUCCAACACUAAUCUCUCGCCAGAAAAACUCAUUGGUAGCGUUUUACAUUAUUGAGUGCAUUGCCAUGAGCAACAGUAUGAUAAAUACCUUCUGUUUUGUCAGUGUCAAGAAUAACACUGUCAAGUAUCUAAAGAAAAUUGUCCUGUUGCGCUGGAGGUCAACGUAUGUCCCUAACAAGAGUGUUGAUGAAAUGGAUAUAAGAACUUCCUCCAUGCCAGUAACUGAAGAGAUUGAAUGCAUUCACCUAAGGUGAUGAGAAUAAAUGUUGGUAAAACUGUCAUUGAGAUUUCAGCUGCUUUUAUCCAGUUUCCUUUCGUCAUUAUUUUGACACUGAGUUUGUUCCUCAUAUUUCAGAAAAAGUUAAGUUCUUGUGGAGAAGAAGAAACUUUGAAACAGUCAGUUAUAUCAGCUGUGACUUAAAAAAUGACCAUCUGUCAAUUAAUAUUUUCUUGCCUCACAACAUGUCUCUGGAAAAGAAAAUCUAUGUUGUGUGUAUCUUGUGUCAAAGUGCUUUGAGUGGUCAGCCAGUAUCUGAAUAGGGAACAAUAACUAUAGAAAAGGAAAACAUAUUAUUACAAGUCCUGUGUGUGUGCAGCAGACACUACACUGACCAAGAUGUGGUGUACAAAGUAUGUGGAGUAUUGUAAUGUAGACUGUGGUGUGAAAAGGCUUCAGGUAAUUACAAGACAAGGAUACCAAGACGCAGCCCAGAUCUUUGGGAAUGAUUUUUGCCAAUAUAUUGUUCCAUAGAAAAUGUCUGUUUAUGUCUAUGUAAUUGUUUUUAUUUUAUUCAUGCAGUGGCUAGACAUUUAGCACUGAAAAAUAUUGCUGUAUCUUUAUAAUCAUUUUCAAUGACACACCUGAUUAUUGACUGCGUAUUGAUGGUUCCAUAUUCUUAAUCUUUGUAUUACUUAUACUUGCUUUGUUCAUAGUGAUGUAUAAUUAGAUCAGGUUUUACAUAAAAAUAGUUUUGUAUAGCUUGUUUUAAAGGGACCAUGACAACAAAACUGAAGACCAAAGGAUCUGUUCAGGGGUGGUAAGCUUUGUUGCUUUGCUCAGAAAAUGGCUUAUCUUUCUACAUGGGUUGUCUUUCUACAUAAUUAAUAUUCUCAAAUCAGAACACAGCAAACACCCUUCCCUUUCCGUUUAACCCUAUCCCCUCCUCCCCCCAGCUGAUGCACCGGCUGUGAGUCACGCUAGCAUGUCUGACUGCUCUACCUGAAAGGAGGAAGGCUGAUGAGCAAGCAGACGGCAGCCCCAGUUCAGUCUGCCUGUAUCGGCUGUAACAGGAGGCAGUCACCGUAGAAGCUGUACAAAAAUCCCAAUAUUCCACCUCAAACUAACUUACUAAAAAGUGGAGCAGAUAUGUCCGAGGGUUGUCUAAAAUCCUUCAGGAAUAAGUGGUUCACUUACUUCUGAAGGAUGAGAGAAUCACAGAAGAGUGGCCGAAGUUCAUUUAUGGGGACUUUACUGAAGACUGUUUCCUGAGGAGGAAUUUAAGUUGUGCUUUAAAAAAAAAAAAAA